CGGCCGGCGGUGCCAGAGUGAGGGGAGCGCCCGCCGCCUCGGCCGCCGCCGCCGCCAUGGAGUGACCGGCGCGGCCCGGCCCGCCCCGCCCCGCCGAGUCGACACCAUGAACCAGCUGGUCCUUUGCGUGCUGCUUCUCUUUGCCCCCGGGGACCUCGUUCAGGCAUGUCCCGCAGGCUGCCAGUGCCAAGACCCCAAGACCAUCCUGUGCGCAGCAAGACGAGGCCACACCGUGCCCAGCGGGCUGCCCCCGAACACCCUCUCCCUGUACGUCUUUGAGAAUGGCAUCACGAUGCUCAGUGAGGACAGCUUUGUGGGCCUGCCCGCCCUUCAGCUCUUGGACCUCUCACAAAACAAGAUCACCACCAUUCAGAAAAACGUCUUCCAGCCCCUAACAGAGCUUGUCAACUUGGACCUGUCCUCCAACCAGCUGCAAGAGAUCACCAACGAGACCUUCCAUGGGCUGCGGCUCCUGGAGCGGCUCUACCUGCAGAGGAACAGGAUCCAGCACAUCCACGCUGCUGCGUUUGACACUCUCGAGAACCUGCUGGAGCUGAAACUGCAGAACAACCAGCUCUGGGCCGUGCCUCCCCUCGACCUGCCCAACCUCCUGCUGCUGGACAUCAGCUGGAACAAGAUCCCUGCUAUUGCACCUGGGGCCUUCCACGCCGUUAACAUUGAGUCUCUAAAGAUCGCGGGCCUGGGACUAACAAGCCUGGAUGAGGAGCUCUUUCAGACUCAGAACAACCUCCAUGAGUUGGACGUCUCUGACAACCUGCUGGAGCGCGUCCCAGCGGUGCUGCGGCGGCUAGGGAGCCUCACCAAGCUCAGCCUGGCUGGGAAUGCACAGAUCUCCCAGCUGCUGGCAGAGGACUUCCACAACCUUCACAACCUCCAGGAGCUGGAUAUCAGCAACCUCAACAUCAACACCAUCCCUCGGGACUUCUCCGGCUUCUUCCCGAGACUCCGGGCCAUGACAGCUGCAGGAAACCCCUUCAACUGCAUCUGCCAGAUGAGCUGGCUGGUUCACUGGGUGAAUGCCAGCGGCGUGGUCCUCCGGCGGCCUGAGGAGACGCGGUGCCACUUUCCCCCAAAAAACUCGGGCAAGCUCCUCCAUCAUCUGCAGUAUGCUGACUUCGGCUGCCCCACCACCACCACGACCACCACCACAACCACCACCCUGCGCACCACCACACUGCAGCUGCCCGCUCUGCUCCCCACCAGCGGCCGCCCGUCGCUGGAGCCCAGCACCGCCGCUCCCACCCUGGAGGCCAGGGCCCCGCAGGACAGCUCCACGCCGAUGCCUUUCAGUGCCCCGCUGGGCCCCACGAGCCCCCCGACACAGAUCUGCCCCCCUCGCACAUGUUUGAACGGCGGCACCUGCCAGCUGGAUGCACAAAACCACCUGGAGUGCCUGUGCCCGGAGGGAUUUGCUGGGGUCUACUGCGAGUUGGAGGUGAGGAGGACAACAGUGUCACCAGCCACGCAGGCCCCCACUCAGAGCAGGCAGAUCAGCAUCAAGCAGGUCAGCAGCACGUCCUUGAAAGUGGACUUGCAGAACUACGUCCAGUCCAAAGCGCAGCUGAAGGGCAUCCGGCUGAGCUACCGAAAUCUCUCUGGGCCAGACAAGCGGCCCGUGAUGCUCCGCUUACCAGCCUCGCUCUCCGAAUACACCGUGAGGGCACUGAAGCCCAACUCCACCUACCGCAUCUGCAUUGGGCCUCUGGGGGAGAAGGUCUCCAAGGAGGAGUUCUGCGUUGAGGUGCAGACCUUGCAGGUGACCCACCAGCAGCACUCACCCGUCACCCAGAGCAAGGACAGCAACCUCACCCUCAUGAUCGUCCCCGCGCUGGCUGCCGUACUGCUGCUUGUGGUGGUGGUCACCGUGGUCACAUACUACCGCCGGCACCGCCGGGCAAAGACAAACACCAGUGCUGGGGUGGACUCCAGCCCCCUGGAGCUGGAAGGUGUUAAAGCCUGCCUGGAAAACGGGGAUUUGAGCAACCACAGCCACAAGGGGCCAGAGAACGCAAUGCUUUCGAACACCUUGGAGUGCGAGGUGCCGCUCAUGCAGUCACACUACCCCAGCAACAACAACACCACAGCACUAAAGCCAUCCUACUUCUAAACCAAGAAGGGGCAGGCUACCAGGUGAGGAGACCCCCGGACUGAGAUGAGGGGAAUGCUCCAGUAGCAGAGCUAGGGCCGUGUCCCUUCCGGGACGAGGCACACUGAGGAGUUAACUAAAUUAAGGCGGAAACCCAAAACUCGUAACGUGCAAUUUCUGAGAGGCUUACACACUUAGGGAGUAGACACUAAUUUUACCGCUCAGCAUAUGACUAAGUGCCUUGAUUUCUGUGACUCUACGUAGAACGUGGGUAGCGAAAGAGAAGGCUUUUUAAUUUGGGGUUUGGGUUGGCUUUUUUUUAGCUACUGCUAAAAAGAAAGUUGUCUGUGACUUAGCUAAGGGGCAUCAAUGUGCUGGUAACAAAGGGUCCCUCAGCUAAGCAUGGCCUGUGACUCUGAACUCCCUGGGAAAUCGAUGUGAGCAGCAAUAAGGAAAGACCCCCGUCCCCCGCAGGAGGCUGAGGAGCUGGGACCCUCGGCCUCUCUGUGCCGUGCAUCGAAGGAAGUGCCGAGAAGGCGAACCGGCAGCCGAAGCUUUAAGAACUCAGAAUAUUUAUACAUGGUUAUUUCCCAUUUCUUCUGGGAAAGCUCUUUUCUAGUACAGAUUUGCAUACAUCUAUUUUGUAAGGCAGACAGAAGGGUGUCUUUUUGUAAAAAAAACAAAAUAAAAUUAAUAAUAAUAAUAACUAAAA